AUGGCCGCCAUUGUUAGUGUUUCGUUUGCCGGCUCUACAUCGAUGAGACGGACCGGUGAGAUCGAGGCCUUGGACCUUCCGUUUCGCAGGUUUGCUGCCGGAAAUACGUCGGAAAGUUAUACAAACAUGGCGUUCAGAUACUCUUCACCGAAACUUUGUUUCUCCACGCGUCAUCGGCAGACUCAUCACCAGAAGACGACUGGAGGCGAGGCCAGUCAACUUGCCGGUCUCGUGACUAAGACCCGCUGCAAAGGUCUCGUAGCUCCGAGCCGCCUUUGGACUCGUCUGAGUGGCCAGACGGUGUGGAUGAAUCAACACAUUGUCCUGCGUGACCACGACAAAACGGGUUGA